AUGGGGCCUGGUACACAAGGGAUGUUGGACCGUUCCCCCCCCCCCUUGAGGUGAUGCAGGUCCACCCCUGGGAGGCAGCCUGGCACUGGCAGACCCGAAUGUCAGAGCCAUUCAAGCCAACAAAAAGUACCGCGACCCAUGCAAAAUGGCGACGACCAUGUGUUCCCCUACCUUCUGUGCUGUAAAUUCAGAUUUGAAGUCCAAGCUGAAUAGACUCUUUGUAAAAUUCUGGCAGCAGCUGGACGGCAGAUCACCGUACCAAGCUCCUAUGCAACCUCAAGACCACAGACACAGUUUGCAAAUUCCAGAUUCUCAGUGGGGACCAUCAACAAUACCGGUGGUGAGGGCCUAACAAC